GAAUCUCUAUUAGCUUCACGUCUGGUCUAGAGCUCAAGUAAAUUAUAUAAAUUGUGGAGCUAGAAAAAUUACAGAGCAGCUUACUUUGCUUGUUAAGUGGUUCUUGGUCGAGGGCUGGCUUCUUUCCACCUGAAUAUUAAAGUUAUUGCAGUAGAUCUAGUUUUGAAAAUGGCGCACAAAUUGCUGAUACAAUACGUUAUACCAAUGGUUAUUUGUGCGGUAAUCAUUGGCGGUGGAUUUGUUUCCGGGAUGCCAUCUUUGGCCAGUGAUUACUAUCCGAUACGCCCGCCGCGCCCUCCUCUCUUGCACGACAAUUUCGAAGCUGGGGAUCCACUGACUGAAGAGGAAUUUCACAGUGAUAUAUCCAGCAAAACUGGUGAAAUGGAGUUAGAUGACUCUAUUCUAUGGGACAAUCAACAUCCUGAGCUACACGAAGGUGAUGUAAUGCUCAGCUCGGGCAAAAAUGCCAUCCUGAGCACGGUUCGUCUUUGGCCAAAUGCGACUAUUCCUUACGUCAUCUCGUCAGGCUACACAUCCACGCAGCGGAAAGUUAUUGCUUCAGUUAUGAACAUCUAUCAAAACAAAACUUGCCUUCGUUUUGUUCCACGAACAACUCAAGCCAACUACAUCAGGAUCCGAAAAAGCGGCCAAGGUUGUUGGAGCUACGUCGGCCGCAUAGGCGGGGCCCAAGAUGUAAGCCUGGAUGAUGGAUGCAUUGCCAGCUGGGCACCAGGAGUAGUUGUCCACGAACUUAUGCACACAGCCGGAUUCUGGCACGAACACAUGCGUCCCGAUCGUGACAAGUACGUUUCCAUCAAUUUGAAUAACGUUAGGCAAGAAUACAGAGGAAAUUUUAACAAGAUGUCGACAACCCAGGUCACUACCCUUGGACUUGCUUACGAUUACGGCUCAGUGAUGCAUUAUCCAGCGAGAGCUUUCGCAGUAGACCGCCGUAUUCCGGUCAUUAAAGCACUUAUUGGAAGUCCUGUUUUGGGGCAACGAAAGGGAUUUAGUACGCUGGACCUUCAAAAACUAAAGAAAUUGUACAGCUGCAAGUCUCGUUAGUUACUGGGCCCCAAACUUCUUUCGUAAUCGUACAGUUCCUUUUAGCUAUUAGCCAUAUUUUAGAGUAAUGGGCUAUUAGCUAUAUAUUAGGCAUAGUGCAUAAGUGGACAUUGACAUUUAACUUUCAAUACAUUUCCUUUAUUUAUCAUG